AUGGCUCAGCUGUGUGCAGUAUGUGAGACAACCGAGGCUAAAUAUAAGUGUCCGACAUGUCGAGUGCCGUAUUGUAGUCUCGUGUGUUGUAAGGAGCAUAAGAAGACACCGUGUGAGCCGGUACCAGUGCCUAAGAAGCCACAGGAACCUCCAACAUCAUCUUCAGCAAUUGUUAGUGAGGACAUGGAGGCUGAAAAGCUUACAAAUGAACAGAUGGAAGUGCUUCAAAAGUCUGUAGAAGUGAAAAAGAUGCUGAAAAACUCGUUGAUCACACAGACGCUGAUUCAGAUUGAUACGAGUCAAAAUAAGAUGAAAGCACUUGAGAAAGCACUAUUAGAUCCGAUAUUUGCCAAGUUUAUGUACCAGGCAUUGGAUGAAGUUGUACCUGCAAAGUAG